GUGUAUGUGACGUUGACAUCUGGACAGUAACGAUCAGUUGGUGGUUCCAGAGUUGGCUGGCUUUUAACUGUAGUACACAGGAUUAAUUAUGCUAGUAUCAUGAUUAUUCCUAACCUCGUGAGACAGUUAGCCACACUAGCAGGCAGACAAUCUCCAUUGCAGAAGUUAGCUACUCCUGGGGUUAUGCAUGAAGGAGCCGUC